AUGGUAUUAUCUACUAGAGUAUCGAUUCAAUGGCCACCAAAAGAAGCUGAAGAGAAAACAAGUACAUUAGCAUUAACCACCCCUGCUAAUAAUUAUGUUGACAUUAGAAUUUUUAAAACUCAAUACCCGUGUUUAAAUUCGACAUUACCAUUACCAUUCACACAAGUAUUUGAACUUGGAUUAGCUGGUAAAGAAAUCCCAUUAGAUAAUGACAAGAUAAAAUUUGAUAAUUAUAUUAGUACUUUAGCUUUACAACAAAGUAUUGAAUCGGGUUUACCAAUUUUUUCCAUUGAUGUUGAUAUUGGACAUUUUUCCAAUUAUGGAUUAGAUGGAGAUAGGAAAGAAACAGGAGAAAUGAAAAAUUCAGAAGGUAUAAUAGCUCCAUAUAUUGAAAUAUGGAGAUCAUUAGAUCCAUUAAAACAUACGCCACAAACAGAAGUCAGAGAAAAUACUGAGAACGAACCAAUGAAAACAAAAAUAAAAAUGAAUGUUUUCACAUUAAAAUUAAUGGAUCAUUUGGGGGUAUUGAUACGAAUUGGUAAUUGGAUCCAAGGUAUAAUUCAAGAAGGUAAUUCUAUUCAUGUAAUUAGAAGUUGGUAUAAUGAAAAUUUACAACAAUGGUGUAAUUUAAUUGAAUAUGGUAAUAGUGAUGCUUUCCCUAUACAGUUUAAUGGGGAUAUAGAUGAUGUGGUUAAAGUUCGUAAUGGUUGGAAAUGGAAGUGUAUAGAAAGGGAAUAG